AUGGUUUCAUUAGAGAAGAAAACGCCUGAGGAACGAUUAAAUAUUUGUCGUAAAUAUUAUUUGGGUGGCUUUGCUUUUUUACCACUUCUAUGGUUUAUUAAUGCUAUUUGGUUUUAUAAACAAGCAUUCAAAGUUGAACCAUAUCCUGAACAAACUCAAAUUCGAAAAUAUGUAAUUCGAAGUGCAAUUGGUACAUUUGUUUGGAUUCUAAUUAUUGUUGUAUGGAAUAUUAUGUUUCAAGUCUUUCGUACAAAAAUGGGUCCAGCAGGAGAUUAUUUAACAUUUGUUGUACCACCAAAUAAAACACGUAUACGUGAUGCAUACAAACGAUUGAUUAUUCUUAAUCAUCCUGAUCGAGGUGGAUCACCGUACGUUGCUGCAAAAAUUAAUGAAGCAAAAGAUUAUUUUGAAAGUGGUGCCAAAUGA